AUGUCGAUGGCAUCUUCAUCAUCAUCAUCAUCUCAGCCAUGGGAGUACCAUGUUUUCCUUAGUUUUAGAGGAGAAGAUACUCGUCAGAAUCUUGUGGGUCAUCUCUACAAAGCUCUCGUAGAAAAAGGGAUCUACACUUACAAGGAUGAUGAAACACUUCCUCGUGGCGAAUCGAUCAGUCCAGCCCUUAUGAAGGCUAUCGAAGGAUCACAACUUGCUGUCAUCGUAUUCUCUGAAAAUUAUGCAGAUUCAUCAUGGUGUUUAGAGGAACUUUCACAUAUUAUGGAAUGCAAGGAAACGAGAGGCCAAGUAGUUAUGCCUAUAUUUUAUGAUGUGGAUCCGUCUUAUGUGCGAAAUCAAAAAGAAAAAUAUGGAGAAGCAUUUGCCAAACACGAGCUCAAGAACACUGACAAAAUCAAAUCUUUGGUUCAGGCAUUUAUAAUUGACCCUUGUGGAUGGUUCUUUGCACCGUUAGAACGAAAAAGGGAAUACGAUGAAGAAUAUACCAAACAGCAGUCGGAGAAUAAGACACAGGUUGAAUCAUGGAGAAAAGCAAUCGUGGAUGCAAGUAACAUAUCUGGAUGGUUUAUUGCCAACAGGGAUGAGUCGAAGGCCAUUGAAGAAAUUGUUGAGACAAUUUCACAAAGGUUGCAUCCAACAUCAGUUGAGGAUGACAACCUGAUUGGAAUGAAGGCCCGCAUGCAAGAUUUGAUAUCAAAGUUGCAGAUUGAGUUUGGUGGUAAAAGGAUGAUUGGAAUAUGGGGAGUUGGGGGCGGUGGAAAGACUACUCUUGCCUCUUCUAUUUUUGAUGAAAUCUCUAGCAAGUUUGAUGGUUGCUGCUUUCUAACAAAUGUCAGGGGUGAAUCAAGUAAAAAUAACGGUUUGGAAAACUUGCAACAAAAAAUUCUUUCUGACGUUUUGAAACAGAAGCAAGUGGAGGUACGGAGAGUUGAAGAAGGAAGGCGCAUGAUAAAGGAUAGGCUACACCAUAGAAAGGUGUUGAUUGUCCUUGAUGAUGUCGACAACCUUGAACACCUAGAAGAUUUAGCUGGAUCAUGUGAUUGGUUCGGUGAAGGAAGCCGGAUAUUAAUCACUACAAGAGAUGAGCAUGUAUUAACCGGACACAAAGUAGAUAUAAUACACAAUAUUAGGUUGUUAAGUAAUGAUGAGGCUAUGAAGCUCUUCUGCAAGCAUGCACCCCAGGGACACAUACGUUUAGAAGAUUAUGAGCAGCUUUCAAAAGAUGUGGUUUCUUAUGCUGGAGGGCUCCCAUUGGCACUUAGAGUUCUCGGUCGGUUUCUAUGUGACAAAGAGAUGGAUGAGUGGAGGAGUGCCUUGGCUAGAUUGAAAGAAAUUCCAGAUGCUAAUAUUUUGGAAAAGCUAAAAAUCAGCUUUGAUGGACUUAUGCCCCUGGAGAGAGAGUUGUUCCUGGACAUCGCAUGUUUCUUUAGAGGCGAGCAUAAAAAUGAAGAGGUAAUGAUGGUACUUGAAGCUUGUGGUCUUCACCCUGUUAUAGGCAUAAAGGUGUUGGUACAAAAGGCUCUUGUAACUAUUUCAGAAUAUGGGGCGUUUGAUAUGCAUGAUCUGGUAGAAGAAAUGGCACACUACAUUGUUAGAGGGAAACACCCUAAGAAUCCAGAAAAACAUAGCAGAGUUUGGAAGGAGGAAGAUGUUGCAACAAUAUGUGAUGUGGAUGCAACAACGAACCUUGACAAGAUUGAAGCUAUAUAUUCUAGGACUAACAAAGCACAACAAGUUCUUGAGGUCGCUGCAAGCAUGAACAAACUGAGGUGGAUUAUUUUGGGAAGCCCUCCAGGAUCGGAUGAGACAACAUUUUUAAUGUCAGAUAGUUUUCCACGGAGAGAGCUUUGUUGUCUAACACUGCAUGGCUUCAAUGCAAAACAACUUUGGGAGGGCUACAAGUAUCUACCAAAUUUGAGGAUUAUCAGUCUUACUUUCAUGAGGAACCUAAUGAAGACACCUGAUUUUGAGGGGCUUCCGAACCUUGAAAGAUUCAUGGUUGACGGAUCUGCGCUUUUAGAAGAGAUUCAUCCAUCAUUUGGACAUUUGGAAAAGCUUGUUUGUGUGGAGAUACAACAUUGUGAGAAUCUUAAGAUGCUUCCACACAUUACCCGGUCGAAGAAACUCGAGACCCUUGUUCUCUCAAAGUGCAAAAUAGUUUUUGAACAAAAUAUGGAGAAUUUAGCACCUGACAACAUGAACCACAUAGGGCUAUGGUUUUGUAGCGGAUGGUUAAAAAAGCUGGAUCUCAGCUGGUGCAAUUUGGCAGAUGGACACAUGAUCAGAUCUGGUGCUGCUGGUGUUUGGGAGUUACCCAACUUGCAAGAACUCCAUCUAGCAGGAAAUAGAUUUGUACAGUUGAAUUUUAGUCUCUUGCGACUUCCUCGGCUCAAAUGGCUUGAUGUGUCAUACUGCUUCAAUCUUGUAGAAUUGUUGGAGCUGCCAUCAAGUAUUGCUGUUGUUCUAGCGGAUGGUUGUAUGUCACUUGAAACCAUUGGAGACAUUUCAAACUGUAAAUGGUUGUGGAAAGUCGCACUUUGGGGGGAUAACAAACUUGGUCCACUUGGUGGUGACAUGUUACUAAACUCCAUGCUCCAGGGAAACGCCAAAUAUUACUUUAUCAAUGUCAAACUUAAUUGCAUGGACAUUUGGAGGGGACCAUCUGUAGUUUGGGUCAAGUGGGUGAAGACUUAUAAUAUGCUGCUUCCACAUGAUUGGUACGAUCACUUUUCUGGGAUUUUGAUGUUCUUCCAAAACAAGAGAUUUAAUGGGAACCCUCACAUAACCAUCAAAUUGGGUGUACACGACAUUUUUCAAUCUGAGUUUAAUGAAACACUUGAGGCGCAUUCUGAAGAGACGACAUAUAUAGCUGUAGGUUUAGGGUUGUACUCAUUCCUAAAGAUGAUCCGAUGCAAACAACAAAAGUCACAAUAG